AGGCUGGGCUUCAUGGAGAAAUCUUUCCUGAUUACUAACAUGAAUUCCAGAGCAGCCUCCACCUCUCCCUGGACAGGAUGAACUACGGUAAUCAGACAUAACUGGCCAUCAUGGGGAAACUGAUCAGGAUGGGGACGCAGGAGAGGCGGUUACUCCGACCAAAGAGGCUUCAUUGGAGUCGCCUCCUUUUCUUCCUGGGAAUGUUGAUCAUUGGUUCCACUUAUCAGCACCUGAGGAGACCCCAGAAUCCCCCUUCAAUGUGGACAAAAGUCUCCUCACAGCAGCCUAUUAAACUGGCCAUCAGGGACCUCCCCAAUGAUGAGAUAACAGUGACAGACAAAGACCCUCCAGAGGCUAGCUCUGAAGUGGAGGGUGAGAUGCUAGCACCCCAAGACACAGUGAUCAUAGGUGAAGCAGCACCUAGCAUAGCAAUGGAGGACACCCCCAAUCCACCCAUAACAACCAAGAUCACUCCAACGUCACUAAAGAACAAUUAUAGCCCCACAACAGCUGGCACGAGGAGACAAAAAGAAAACAUUCCACCCACACCUAGCAGAGCACCGAGUCACUUCAUCUCAACUUCAGGCAGACAGAGAGUGAAAAGCUAUACCCCAAAACCCAGGGGAGGAAGGAAGAGCUCCAGCCCAACUCACACCAGGGAAGAAGGAAGGAUGCAUACCCCAUCCCCAGCAGGUGCGCCCCGCACCAUCAGCCCCACAUCAACAGAGAAAGACAGUGAAACCACGGCAACCUAUAGGAUGUUGGAGCCCAGAUCUGAGAGAACAGCAGGAAAAACUUCUCUCAAGAGAAUGGUUCCGAACACCCGGACUUUCUUAACACGCGAAGUAGAAACAGACCUCGUGACUUCUCCAAGUUUGGUGGGGAAGAACACCCUGGGAAGUCCUAGAAGAGGAGAAAGAAACAGCUCUACCACUCCCCUGCGAGCAGUCCUGCAGCCUACCCCUGCCACCUCUGAGGAGCAAGUGACGGCAAGCAUCAGGAUGGGUAGCACCCCAGCAACCACUGAAGGUUCUACUGCUGCCCAGAGAAUUGGCAAUCCCUUGUCCGGAACUAGUACACCAGCUGUUAGAAUUGCCUCAGUCACGGACAGGGAAAAGAGACCUUCCACAGCACACGGCACCCUAGUAACUCCCCAAGUCAAGGCAGUCCUGACCACACAGGUCCACCGCUGUGUGGUUGUGAAGCCAGCCCCAGCUGUACCCAUGACCCCAUCUCCGAGCAUGACAGCCAUCCUGUUCCCAGAGGCACCUACUUCCGGUCCCUCAGCCUUGCCGCCUGGCUGGCCAAACCUCCACCCCAAGGCGGAGUAUCCCCCAGACCUGUUCAGUGUGGAGGAUCGACGCCAGGGCUGGGUGGUCCUACACAUCUUCGGUAUGACGUACGUGUUUGUGGCCUUGGCCAUCGUGUGUGAUGAGUACUUUGUCCCAGCCCUGGGGGUCAUCACGGACAAGCUUCAGAUCUCCGAGGAUGUGGCCGGGGCCACAUUCAUGGCUGCCGGAGGCUCAGCCCCUGAGCUCUUCACCUCUCUCAUUGGUGUCUUUAUCUCCCAUAGCAAUGUGGGUAUUGGUACCAUCGUGGGCUCUGCUGUGUUCAACAUCCUUUUUGUCAUCGGCACCUGCGCCCUCUUCUCCCGGGAGAUCCUCAACCUCACCUGGUGGCCCCUGUUCCGAGAUGUCUCCUUCUACAUCCUUGACUUGUCUAUGCUCAUAGUCUUUUUCCUGGAUAGUCUCAUUGCCUGGUGGGAGAGCCUGCUGCUGCUGCUGGCCUACGCUCUCUAUGUGUUCACCAUGAAGUGGAACAAGCAGAUUGAACGCUGGGUGAAAGAGCAGCUUAGCAGGAGGCCAGUAGCCAAAGUCAUGGCUCUAGGAGACCUCAGCAAGGAAGAUGUGGAUGAGGCUGAACACAGAGGAGACAUGACAGGUGAAGAGGGUGAAAGGGAAACCGAGGCAGAAGGAAAAAAAGAUGAAGAAGGGGAAACUGAGGCAGAAAGGAAAGAAGAUGGUCAAGAAGAAGAAACUGAGACAAAAGGGAAAGAGAAACAAGAAGGGGAAACUGAGUCAGAAGGAAAAGAUGAACAAGAAGGGGAAACUGAGGCAGAAGGAAAAGAAGCUGACCAUGAAGGGGAAACUGAGGCAGAAGGAAAAGAGGUUGAACAUGAAGGGGAAACUGAAGCAGAAGGAACAGAAGAUGAACAAGAAGGGGAAACUGAGGCAGAAGGAAAAGAAGUUGAACAAGAAGGGGAAACUGAGGCAGAAGGAAAAGAAGUUGAACAUGAAGUGGAAACUGAGGCAGAAAGAAAAGAAACUAACCAUGAAGGGGAAACUGAGGCAGAAGGAAAAGAAGCUGACCAUGAAGGGGAAACAGAGGCAGAAGGAAAUGUUGAACAUCAAGGGGAAACUGAGGCAGAAGGAAAAGUUGAACAUGAGGGGGAAACCGAGGCAGGAGAAAAAGAUGAGCAUGAAGGGCAAAGUGAGACCCAAGCAGACGACACUGAGGUGAAAGAUGGUGAGGGUGAAGCAGAAGCCAAUGCUGAAGAUCAAUGUGAGACCGCCCAAGGUGAGAAAGGUGCAGACGGUGGAGGGGGAAGUGAUGGAGGGGACAGUGAAGAAGAGGAGGAUGAAGAGGAUGAAGAGGAGGAGGAAGAGGAGGAAGAGGAGGAAGAGGAGGAGGAAAGUGAGGAGCCUCUGUCCUUGGAAUGGCCUGAGAGCAGGCAGAAGCAGGCUAUCUACCUCUUUCUCCUGCCCAUCGUGUUCCCACUGUGGCUGACAAUACCUGAUGUACGGAGGCAGGAGGCCAGGAAGUUUUUUGUCAUCACCUUCCUGGGAUCCAUCAUCUGGAUAGCCAUGUUCUCAUACCUCAUGGUGUGGUGGGCUCACCAGGUUGGUGAAACCAUUGGGAUUUCUGAAGAGAUUAUGGGUUUGACGAUCCUAGCGGCAGGCACUUCAAUUCCUGACCUCAUCACCAGUGUGAUCGUUGCCCGGAAAGGCCUGGGAGACAUGGCCGUGUCAAGCUCGGUGGGCAGUAACAUAUUUGAUAUCACAGUGGGCCUGCCUGUCCCCUGGCUCCUGUUCUCCCUCAUCAAUGCGCUGCAGCCUAUCCCUGUCAGCAGCAACGGCCUGUUCUGUGCCAUUGUCUUGCUGUUUCUCAUGCUCCUGUUUGUGAUCUUCUCAAUCGCUUCGUGUAAAUGGAGAAUGAACAAGAUCCUGGGCUUCACCAUGUUCCUUCUCUACUUUGUGUUCCUGGUGAUCAGUGUGAUGUUAGAAGAUCGCAUCAUAUCCUGUCCUGUAUCUGUCUGACUCAGUCACGGCUGCUCGAGAUGGACAAAGAGCAGAAGACCUGGCUGGAAGUUACUGUCCGUCUCACCACACCAAUCAAAUAAUAAACACAAUCAAGAAUGUGAAGUGGGCAGCUUAGACCCUCAGAAGCGACUGUCAUCAUGACUGAGGCUUCUCUUUCCAAACACCUGAGGCUUCUAGUGGAUUAAGAACAUUACCUUGGGAGGGAGAGUUCCUACCACUCAGACAAGCAGCUGUCAUGCAGUCAGAGGGCUGCCCGUAUGAGACCUGGGGUUAGGGCUGGGAUGGCAGAAAUAAGACAAGCACCCUUGCUCACGAUCCCCUGGUCACCCCCGAGGAGCCAUGGUGCAGCAUGCAGGUAUCGAAGGCUCGUUCUCCCUAACACUGCCCUAAACACACCCUGCUGCACAUGAGCUAUUCCUCCUGGUGAUGCCGCAUCAGGUUUGCUGUCAUUAUGAGUUCAGUUAAUGAGUUUAAGAAGAGAAGGCUUGGGGGCGGAGGCAGACAUAGAUUUAUCACUCUACCCCACAGUCCUGUAAAAAUGCACGCCAAUGUUUUCUGUGUUAAAAGGAAAUUAAAACAGAAAUCAGCCCAGGGAAUGAAAGUCUAUACUUUGGCUUGAAUUGGAGGCAGAGAUUUGAGAAAGAAAACUACCCUUAGGGCUAUUUAAACAUAUGCACUUACUGGAAAAUCUGCAUUCGUUUUGUCUCCAUCAGCGGUCACUUCAAAGGAUUAGAUAUUCUGUCUCAGCUGCCCUUGGGCAUUUUCCUGCCCAGGAGUGACAACUGUCACGAAAAGAGUCAAAGGGAUGCAUUUGCAGAGGGCCGAGUCUGGCUUAUGCAUGAAGACCUCUAGGGCUCAGUGCUAUGCUUGCAUGCCAACCUAGAUCAGAUUGUAUAAAGCAAGAAGCCUAGUCCUUUGACUAGUUUAUCAAUGGGUCUUAAGACAGUUUACACAGGAGAAAUUUCAAAGAUGAUUAGCACAAUGAUGACACAGCAGAAAGGAGAGUACUGCUUGCUAUGCGGACCAGGCUGGCCUUGGAUUCACAGACCUACUUGCCCCUGCCUCCUGAGUGCUGGGAUUGGAAGGAUGGCCACUACAUCUGGUUAUCUACUUUUAAGGUCACAAAGGACACCUUAAAAAUAGUCAUGGUUAAAUAUUUUCCAUGAAGUUCCUUAUGCUUGCGUAUUAAAUACCUUUGGCCGCCGCUUUUACUAGAAUCAAGCUGAGGAGAAUGUUAGAAAUGCAAUUUUCAUGUCUUUGGUUUCAGAGCACAAGGAGCAGAAGUGUCUGCAGAUUAUGCUGCAAAUGACGCCAUAGACACCAGGAGUGGUGUGGUAGCCUGCGAAACGAUGGGAGGACAGAUGAGAAAGGAAAGCAAUGGGUCAUUCUGGUAUUGGAGGGUGGAGGUAUUCAAGCAUUCAUCUUUAAGAUGGGCUGUACUUCUUCAAAAUUCCCAUUUUUUUUGGAAGUAACUUUUAUUAAAUUUCAAUGAAAA